UUGACUGUGCACAUGAAGAGCCGAACUCACUUUACCGGUUCCCUCCCCAGCGUUUUUCCACAAUUUUCUAUUGUUAUUUGUGGUUUAAGUGAUCAUUUUAAAGUCACUUAAGUGCAGUGAUCAUAGAUAAUAGGGCCGCAGUCAGUGGUUGGUGAUGAAUUAAGGGUUUACCCUGGUUCCUCUAUGAAUCAAUGAAAUAAUUAAUAAAUCCAGUGAAAUUAAUUUUCCUGAGAGUCAGCGUGCCACUCGCUCUAUCCUAUCACAUUAAAUUUUGUAACGCAGGUAACGAAGGUGAAGUUCUAUGUAUCAGUGUGACGUAAUAAGUGUCAUGAUAAACGAGCGUUUAGCUGGCUCUCGUCGCUUAUGCCAUCAGAUAAAAAACGAGGGAAAAUAAAAGUAACUUGUACUAUCUGGCGCACUCAGUAUCAAGCCAACUUCCUGAUAAUACGUUUUCUGUUUUACAAUUAUCGAGACUGGGGGAUUAACUUAAAUCAAACGCAAAUAUGAAGAUGGAGGCUGAUCACAGAAGGGAGCAGUUGAAACGUGCCACUGACAGAAUUCAGCGGGAAAUUGAGGAAGUCACUGAGCGAGAACACGAACUGCGAAACGUCGGCAGUAUAAAGACAACGUCAGACGAGACAGUCGACUCCAAGGUACGUCGCAUGCCCCAGGCCCUCGUAUCGGGAAAGUUAAAGAGGACAACGUCAACACCCCAGAUACUGGAGCCAUAUCCACUCACUCCAAACCCGCCAGACCUGGCACCAAAGAUGACCAACGGUGUGAUAUCAACUAGGACAACAGCGCAACCCUUGCGUUUUGCAACAGCACCGAGUCAAAAGGGUCUCAUGCACAGAUUCCUGGCUACCCGAGGCAAAAUAAACAAGUCCAAUGGAGUUAAUGGGGAUUAUCCAACGCCUCCGAGUACGCCCACCAUAGUUUUGAAUCCACUUAGCAUCAAGGCACUUGGGAGAAGCCUCGGUAGCAAUAGUAACGGACUCGAUGACAGUGAGAAGGAUGAUGAGCCUAAAAAGCUACCCACGAGGAAGGGAUAUGUCCCUGUCGAACAGAAGAUUCAGAAGGAGCUGAACGAGAUGAAGGAGCGAGAGAAUGAAUUGAGAUUAAUGAGGUCGCGAAUGCUGGCGAAAUCCCAACCAAAUUUACUCGACAUUGGGAAUGACAAUGACUCUGACAUUUACGAUGGCUCGAGUCUUCUGAGAAGUGGUACCUCGUCGAAUACAUUGACUGAUGACGAGUCUGAGAAGGAGUACAAAGGCAAACACAAGCCGAAUCCGAGACGUCGAAGUACCUUAAUCGCCCAAUGGGAGAACCUCAUUGCGGCCAAACGAGAGGCCACUGACAACGGACAAGAGAUUGAGAACACAUUUUAAUUAAUAGUUCGUUUAUACUCGAUGGUGCUACAGGAUGGCAAUCUUUUGAGGAUAAUUUACAGUAUUACAUUGGUCGCUGAGUCAUCACGUCACGUGCAAAAUUAUUAUUUUCAUUGUUAAUUAUGAGGAAGAUUGUUUUAAGUUUAAUUUGAAGCUAUUCAAUAUGUUCUCUGUACUUAUUAGAAUUAAGUUGGAGGGACGAUAGGGAGGAAUAGGCAUUUUCUGAUAUUUCAGGAGCUAUUCGUCAUUUGAAAACAAAUUUAUGAAUUUAUUAAAGCGAAGGAAUUAUUCUCUUGUCACUUAUAUAAUUUCAUUGGCAUCAGUGUUUAGAUUAUCCUGACACCAAUGAUGGUAUCUUCGAUGUACCUUAAUAGGGCGGCUAACAGAUAAUCAAAACUCAAGUGCAAUUCAUAGCAUAAACCAGUGAGAUACUGAGAGUAUAAUUCAUUUAAUUAUAUUGCAAGUCAAUGAAUUAGAAAUUAAUUUUCAUCGAGAGAAUAGUUAAGAAUUUACUAAAAAUAUUUACUUUUCCUGGGAAAUUUUAUUGAAACUCUAGAGGCAGGAAACAAAUGUGAAAAAUUGGCACAGGAAAUCAAGUUUCUAACGCACCUCUAAUGGACUUUUAAUAGAAUUUCCUAGUGCAUGAUUUAUGUUCUUCUAAUGAAUUUAUUCAUUGAUAAAUAGAUCAAAUAAAAAACUAAUGAUGUUCGAAAGUCACGGGUGAAGGUUGAAGAGACGAUUCCACGUUAUAACCAGUUAUUUAUAAUCUCCCAGUCGUAUAAAUUAUUGUACCUAUUUAAUGAAUACCAUACGCUCGUUGUAAUGAAGAAAUUUUUUUUUCUUUAAUAAAAACUUCAAAAGCAA